AUGGCCGAGUCGGAAUCGGAGAAUGGGAAGGAGCUUAGGUCCUUAGCGUUGACUCCGACAUGGUCCGUCGCCACCGUCUUGACCGUAUUUGUCGCAGUUUCGCUGCUCGUCGAGCGCUCCAUUCAUCGACUGAGUAAUUGGCUGAGGAAAACUGAUAGAAAGCCUUUGCUUGCAGCUGUUGAGAAAAUGAAGGAAGAAUUGAUGCUUCUCGGCUUCAUAUCUCUUCUUCUCACGGCAACUUCGAGGGUUAUAUCUAAUAUCUGCAUACAUUCAAAGUUCUAUGAUAGUGUAUUUGCGCCAUGUACAAGGGAGGAAGUAGAGGAGGACAGAGAAAAUGAAACUGUGAAAAGCCGUAGGCUUUUGAUGGCAUUCAUGGAUUCUCACUCCCAGAGGAGAUUUUUGAUGGGUUUAAAUAGGAAUACCUGUCCAGAGCCAGAGCUGUUGUUGUCGCUCAUUCAUUUUAUCCUUUUCCAGAAUGCAUUUGAGCUUGCUUCAUUCUUCUGGUUCUGGUGGCAGUUUGGUUACAACUCCUGCUUCAUAAGGAACCACUUACUUGUCUAUCUACGUCUAAUUGUCGGGUUUGCCGGUCAGUUUCUAUGCAGCUACAGCACCUUGCCCCUCUAUGCACUUGUUACUCAGAUGGGAACAAAUUACAAGGCAGCCCUCAUUCCAAAAAGAAUAAGGGAGACAAUCCACGGGUGGGGAAAGGCUGCUCGAAGAAAGAGAAGAUUAGGCAUUUAUACGGAUGACUCGACCAUCCACACGGACACGAGCACCGUUAUAUCUGUUGAGGAAGAUGAUAACCGGUCGAUUGAGAGCCCCCGAUUUGCUCCUCAUUUGGAUUCACAAAUCGAGCUGCAGCCGGUCACUAACAUUGGCUUUGAUAGCACUCACUUCCCUACUAACGAGGUGUCGAGCCGGAUGGGGACUCCCCUCCUCAGGCAUUCGGCCUCCAUCGCGUCUCCAAUUUCUCGGAUGAUUUUACACGAGGAUAUACCGAGAUCAUCCUCUUUGCCACAUUAG